CCUUUGUUAUCUGAGCCAGGGAUGGCGGAGGCGGGGCGAGGGGUGGACUCCUCGUCUUCGCUCGCGUCAGUCAGGGACACGGGGCGGAGCUGGAGGAACCGGCGCCUAGGCGCUUGCCUGACCGGAAGUGAAGCCCCAGCCCGCAUGGCAGCAGCAGUUCUAUCGGGAGACACCAUGGGCCCUGAGCGUAUCUUCCCCAACCAAAGCGAGGACCUGGGACCACACCAGGGCCCCACAGAGGGCACCGGGGAUUGGAGCAGUGAAGAACCCGAGGAAGAACAGGAGGACCCGGGGGCAGGCCCGGAGGGCUACUCCUAUCAACCGCUGAACCAAGAUCCUGAACCCGAAGAGGUAGAGCUGGCACCCGUGGGGAACGGAGAAGAUGUAGUUGCUGACAUCCAGGAUCGGAUCCAGGCCCUGGGGCUUCACUUGCCAGACCCACCAUUAGAAAGUGAUGACGAAGAUGAGGAGGGAGCCGCAGCGCUGAGCAACCACAGUUCCAUCCCCAUGGACCCAGGUAAAAAGCUCUGCUUUCGCCUGGCAUGA